GCGAAGGGAAAGGAGCUGCGGGUCAUUGAACAAUGUCAGACACAUGGGAGAGGACUGCAGACCGGACGGUAUUCGUGGGAAAUUUAGAGACUAGGGUGCGAGAAGAGAUACUUUAUGAACUAUUUCUGCAGGCCGGACCAUUAACCAGAGUGACCAUAUGUAAGGAUAAAGAAGGAAAACCCAAACCUUUUGGAUUUGUCUGUUUUAAACAUCAAGAAUCAGUAUCCUAUGCUAUAGCUUUGUUAAAUGGAAUUCGUUUAUAUGGUAGACCAAUUAAUGUGCAAUAUAGAUUUGGGAGUUCCCAUUCAGCUGAGUUGAAUAACCAAGUUGCUGAGAACUAUGUUAACAUAAAUUCACAAAUUUACAGAAAUGAAGACUAUUUGUCAAGAGCAUUUCCCAUACAAACUUUUACAGCAAAUGAUGUUAACUUUACUCAGGAAUUUGGCUCUCACAAUAUGCAACAUCCUAUAUACAAUCUGAUGGCACAACCUUCAAAAUGCCAGAUGACGCCACCACUAGCUUCAAGCUUUUCUCUAUUAUCCAUGCUAAAUCCUCUUUCACAUUUGGAUGCUAGAUCAAGUUCUUUUGAGUUUGUUCACCAACCAACUGACUGGGACUUUUAUCUAAUGAAUAAAAGAAAAUGGCAGCCAGAAACUAGUGAUAGUAGCACAGAAGAUGACAUAGGAAAAGUAGGAGAAUGUAACCAAAAAUACAGGAGGUAUAAGAAGAGAAAAAGAAAUUAACUUGUAUUUAAAUGAAAGAUUUAAUCUAUAUUACACUUGGAAAAAAACACAUUUGUGCAGUUAGAUUAUGAUUUAUUUUUAAAUGAAUUAUAUAACCAAUUUUAUAUUGAUAUUCAAUUUCAUGCUUUGAAUUAAGAAAAAUUACAAAUGAUAUAUCAACAUACUUGUCUUCUAUUUUUAGGGGUUACAACAGCCUCAUCUAAAAAAUACUUUAUUCAAGGUAAUGGUUUCUACUAAGUCAACCAAAAAAAUAUUUAUGGAAUAUCUUCCAUAUAUAAAGCACCAUAUGUUAGUCAAUCCAUGCUCACUACCUAGUUCUCCUUGUUAUCAAUAAAUCAUAGCUGUAAGAACAGUGAUUUUUUUCAUGUAGCAAACUAAUACAAGGUUUAAAAAAUGCAUUUUUUUUCUAAUAAAUAAAUAGGUUUUAUUCAUCUUCCUUACACUUCAUAAUUACUGUGUUCUUUGAUUCAAGCUUUGUGUUAUGGAUUUUUAAAGUAUUUGAGAUAGAUUCUAAUGAAAGACUGUUACAAAACUGUUUAAGACUAAUUGUUACAAAUGUGCUUAUCAAUUGUCUUGGCUUGUGGGAAUAAAUUUAUGUAUUAUCAAAUGUAUAUACCUGGAUUAUAUAGAAACAAUUGAAUUUCCAUCUUUGUUUUUUAUUACUAAAUCAUAUGCAAAUUAUCUUUCUAUUAUAGUGUAUCAGUCUUAACUUUGCUAACAUUUAGGGUAAAUUUAUUUCAGUCUUGAUAACCUAAAUUCAUACUAAGUGAACUUAAUUUUUUUCAGUCUAUUCAAGUUUGAUAUUUCUCUAAAUUUUUUUUUGCAACUCAGAUUAUUAUAGAAUUGAUAUUUCAAGAUAAAUCAGCAAGUAUUUAUUUUGGGAUAAGA